CGCAAAUAGGCUAACCGAGCCGCAAUAGUGACUCCGGGGAGCGCGCUUACGGUACUGCGGGGCACCACGCAAUCCAUAUAAUCUGCUGGACCCCGCGCUCCAUCUGUUCGAUAUUGCUAUACGACGCGACCGGAGAAUCGUCGACUGUUUACCAUAUCAACCCGGUAUCCUACUUCCGAAUUUGGAAUCCAGCCGGCGACCGACACGAAGGGAUCGAGUGGGACCGGACGACUGUCUACCAUACUCCGAGUCGGACGUGCGAGCCGACCAUAGACCUGCGUUACCGACCUAGACGCCAUGAGCACCCCCAUGCCAGACAACCAGGCGGUAGCGCGGAAAACGACGACUCAGUUCAAUCAGAAAUUCGCAGAGGUUGCCGAGAGCUGCCGUCCCAAGCUGCACGAAUGGAUCGAGCGGCCACUCGAGGUCAUGUCGUUCAAGCCCGACACGUCCGCCUGGUUCCAGUGCCAUCCGGCACACCGAAUGACGAUCGAUGAGCUCGCGUCGACUCCCGUCGGGAAGGGCGAUGACUUCAUUCUCGAUUUCGGGGGUCACCGGGUCGGAUACUUCUCCUUCCACCUUGGCGCUGUGGGAAAUAACAUCGACGCACCUUGCCGAUUGCGUCUUACGUUCGGCGAGGUUCCCCCGGACGUGACGGAGAACCUAGCCGAUUGCAAGAGUUGGAUCAGCACGAGUUGGCUCCCCGACGAGGUGAUCAACGUCGACUGGCUGCCCACGAAUGUGGAUAUGCCACGGCGAUACUCGUUCCGUUACGUCCGGAUACAGGUAAUUGAUACCUCGCAGCAGUACAGAGCUCUGUUCUCGGAUGUCAGAGUGCGCGCUGUCAGCUCAGUGUCGCCGGAAACAUUCAAUUCCGUACCUGCCCUCAACGAUUCUCGGCCGUUGCUGCACAAGAUCGACGCCGUCUCCCAGCGCACUCUGCGCAACUGCAUGCACACCGUCUUCGAAGACGGGCCCCGCCGAGACCGCCGCCUCUGGUCCGGCGACCUCCGCCUUCAAGCCCUCACGAACUACGCAACCUUCAAAGACUUUGCCCUGGUCAAGCGCUGCCUGUACAUGUUUGCCGCGGUAGCCGGCGCCGACGGCUCCCUCCCGGCCUGCCUUUACGAGUUCCCGACGCUCCACGCAGCAUCCGAUUACAUCGUCGACUACGACGCGCUUUUCGGCGCGAUGGUGUACGACUACGCCGUUGCAUCGUCGGACCUCGACACGGCGCGGGAUCUGUGGCCCACGGUGGUCGGCUCGCUGACGACAGCACUAUCGCACCUGUCGCCGACCACGGGCGCCUUCGACUCGGCGCGCAGCGACCUGUGGAAAUUCCUGGACUGGGAUCUGACGCUGCACGCGGACGCGGGGAUGCAUGGCGUGGUACUGUACUGCUGCAAGCGGGUCGACGCGCUAGCCGAGCUGCUCGGCUACCCGCCGCGGUACGAAGCUGCCAUUGCUUCCAUGACUGCCGCGGCAACUACAGCAUUCUAUGACUCCGCCGCCGGCGUGUUCGUCUCUGGCCCCGCGCACCAGAUCUCCUGGCUCUCGCAGGCAUGGCUCGCCCUAGCGGGCGCGCUCCCCCCUGACCAGUCCAUGGCCGCCCUGCUGCGCACCAUGAAGGACCCUGCCGCGCUAAAGCCGCUGUGUCCCUACGGCUGGGCGACGUUCGCGGAAGCGCUCGCCGUGUGCGGCGCGAAGGAGGAGUGUCUAAAACUGCUGGAGACGUAUUGGGGCGGGAUGGUGGAGCGUGGCGCGGACACGUUCUGGGAGUGCUUCGAUCCAAAGGACUACAGGAAGAGUCCGUAUCAGGACUAUAGGAAUAACUCGUACUGCCAUGCGUGGAGUUGUAGUCCUGCGUGGUUGUUGAGGAGCGUGCUGUUUCCCGAUUCAUGAGGUGGGACUUGUGCGAGAGGCAUAAUGAGCAUACCUACAUCCACCUCGCUAGUUGACCUUUUAUUUCACACGUGCUGCAAAGGCCUCAGCGUCGGGCGCCGUUUACCGCUCGUGUUCCCUCGCAAGACAAGUCGUAUACAUUCAUUCCGCAACAGUGCCGUAGUCAGUAAACACGACAAUCCUCUCGCCCCC